UUGCUGUGCUAACUGCAUUGGGUUGCAAAUACAGUAGGAUACUUGUUUAGACAUCGAUAAACUCAUAUCUUGUUUUCUUGUCCCAUCUGCAGAAGAAAUCCAAGAUGUCCUCCAGCCGUAAGCAAAAUCUGAAGAGCUUGAUGCUCCAGAUUGCCAAGCAGGAACUUCAGAAGGAGGAAGAAGAAAGAGUAGCUGAAAAGGAGAUUUACAUGGCGGAGCAUUGCCCUGAACUGAGCCUGAGUAGUUCCAUCCAGGAGUUACAGGAUUUGUGCAAACAGCUCAACGGAAAGAUUGAGUCUAUUGAUGAGGAGAGAUAUGACAUGGAAGCCAAAGUUAAGAAGAACAACAAGGAUAUUGAGGACCUGAAACAGAAAGUGUUUGACCUGAAAGGCAAGUUCAAGAAGCCAGUUCUGCGCAAAGUGCGUAUGUCUGCUGACGCUAUGCUGCAGGCUCUGCUGGGCUCCAAGCACAAGGUGUCCAUGGACUUGAGAGCCAACCUGAAACAAGUGAAGAAAGAGGAGAAAGAGGCAGAUCUGCGUGAUGUUGGUGACUGGCGUAAGAACAUUGAAGAUAAGGCUGGCAUGGAAGGGAGGAAGAAAAUGUUUGAAUCUGAGGCUUAAACAGUGCAUCAGCAACCAUUUUUUGUUUCUAAUACAUUUUAUGUAGGCCAACACUGCAUUACCCAUAAGUCUUAAAUGCACUCCACUCUUCUGCUGACCCCUGCAGGUGGACUUUGCAAAAUUUUAAAAACAGUGGCUGACAUUUUUAACAUUAUUUUUUGGGAACUGGUUGGGGGUUACAGCUGUUGCCAUAGUGAUAACAAAACACGCAGCUUUGGCAACAGCUGAUGCGCAAAAAAUAUGUUUUGUUUGGAGAUAUAUUUUCGUGCAAUGGAACAGAUGUAAAUAAACUAUUUAAAGAAAGUUUUAAUUUUUAA